AUGAACACGUUAGCCGCGUAUUUACGGAAGAAGCUGGCUCUGCAACCAUCAGAGCGUGACCUCGUGGUUCUAAAUCACGAUAUUGAUGUGCAAUGGCCAGCCGGAGUUCAGGAAAGGCAUCGAAUACAAUUGGUUGCUUAUGGAGAUCGGAAUGGUUUCACGGCGAUGUCACGCACUGUUGGCUAUACGACUGCGAUUGUAUCACAUAUGCUUUUGAACGGAGAGAUUCAAAAGAAGGGAAUGAUACGACCAACACUGAAACAUAUUUACAGACCUGCGUUGAUGCGUCUCAAAGAUUACGGUAUUGAAGCUAAUCAAAUCGUGACCAUUCUCUGA